CACCAUGGAGGAGAGCAGGGAACCAGACAGGAAAGACGUCCCCGAAAAAACGGAGGGUGACAGGGCCGUGGAAGGCCAGACGAGUCGUGCAGAUGUUUCAGGACAGUCGACCGACCAAAGCAAUAGCAGUGAAAAUAAGGGAGACGCGUCGGAUCCCCGAAUUAACCGCCUAAAGCUUUUCAACAAAGUUAUGGAGAAGAGCUUGCAAAGACUGGUCGCUGAUGCUAGUUUUCACAGAUUUGCCAAGACCUUCCAUCCGUUUUACAAGCAGAAACCCCAGCUGAUGGAGAGUAUUCACAAGCAGUUCGUCACGGAGCUUCAGACGUCAAUCCAGGAUGACAUCGCUCAGAUCAUGGAGGAAGGGAAUCUGCAGUGUAAGCUGGAGGAGCUGGACAGGCUGGAGGAGGCGGCGAAAGACAGCACAGAGCCGGCAUGGCGGCCUAGCGGGCUUCCGGAGCAGGACCUGUGCAGCUUCGUGAUGCCAUAUUACCUGCAGCAGCGCGAGUACCUGCGGAGGGAGGUGCGGAAGGUGCAGAAGGAGAACGCCGCCCUGGCGCAGAGGGUGCAGGCGGGGCGGGACAACAUCGCCCAAACCGAGCAGCUCAUAGCCAAGGGCGUGGAGGAGUGGAGGGCGUCGGCGAGCACUUUGGAAGCCCUGACCUCCCUGUCCCCAAUGCAGAACUUCGACAUCUUGUGA